GAAAAAGAAAAAAAAAAUCAAAUCAAUCAAAGAGUUCCUUUUUCGCUCGCGUCUCUCCGUUUGCCCCUUUUCUUUGUAUAAUCAAAUCCUGUUUAUCGUGAAUCAGCACUGUCUCCCUCCAUUGUCGCCAUCAUUUUCUAGGGUUCUUCAUACUUAUCGCUUUGGUUGCUCUGAGCAACAAAAAAGAAAGACCAUGGAUGACCUUCAUGGAAGCGAUGGUGGAAUGCACAUCGGUUUAGCUCAAGAUCCUAUGCAUGUCCAAUAUGAACAUCACGACUUGCACCAUAUCAACAAUGGAAACGGUUUGAUGGAGGACCAUGUUGAUAAUGGGAUAAAUGAAGGAGUGGAGAUAGACAUUCCUGCUCACCCUGGAAUCUCAUCUGAUCAUCGCGGUGAAGUUGUAGACCGUGGCAGUGAAAAUGGAGAUCAAUUGACAUUGUCCUUUCAGGGACAAGUUUAUGUGUUUGACCGUGUCUCACCGGAGAAGGUUCAAGCUGUGCUAUUACUACUUGGUGGACGAGAAGUACCACAGACACUCCCGACAACCUUAGGAUCACCACAUCAGAACAAUAGGGUACUGGGUUUAUCUGGUACUCCUCAAAGGUUUAGUGUCCCUCAGCGACAAGCCUCGUUGAUCAGAUUUAGGGAGAAACGAAAAGAGAGGAAUUUCGAUAAGACCAUUCGCUACACAGUAAGGAAGGAGGUAGCCUUGAGAAUGCAGCGUAAGAAAGGCCAGUUCACAUCUGCCAAGUCAAGCAAUGAUGAUUCUGCAUCUACUGGAUCGGAUUGGGGGUCAAGCCAGAGCUGGGCCUUAGAAGGGAGUGAGACUCAGAAGCCAGAGGUUUUAUGCCGGCACUGUGGAAUCAGUGAGAAGUCAACUCCAAUGAUGCGACGUGGACCUGAAGGGCCAAGAACACUUUGUAAUGCAUGUGGCUUAAUGUGGGCAAACAAGGGGACUCUUAGAGACUUAUCCAAAGCUCCUCCUCCUCCUCAAAUAGCCCAGAAUCUGCCUGCAGAUACGAAUGAGGACCCAAAUCUUGAGGCUGAUCAAAUGACCGGAGUAGCCGGUGACAUCAGCAGCUAAUAGUGAGAACUGAGAAACCACUUUUUUUUUUUCUUUUAAGAAAAAACAGCAAUCUAUUAUCUAAACUUAUUUUGCAUUCUAAAAUACUGUUUAGUUUUUGUUCUUUAGUUAUGACAUAAAAUAUUGGUUACGAAGCGUACUUAGUAGAUAAUCACUUAAUGAAUAUAAAAUCGAAACAAUGAUUGGUUA